UUUAUAAAAGCUGGUGCCACAGCUCACUCUGCUUUAUCCCGAGGUUCUUAGAGGUAAAAUGUAUCGUCUUCACUCACAGGCAUUCACCGGAGUUUCAGUCACUUCUACAUUCAGGCAUUUCUUCCCCAUCCCGAUAGAGGAUUCUAAACUUAUUCCUGAGAGACGUUUUAGUAAAAAGUGCUCAUCUAUCGGCUGACUUUUACUCCAAUUCGCCGAGAGAACCGAGAGGCACGGCCCGGCCUACAGCCAUCCGGACAUAAGAAAAGGACAAAGUGGUGCGGCUCCGCAGGCAUGCCGAAACCUAAGAAGAGGAGUAACCGGGCCGCCGGUGGCCAGCACAAGAAUGUUCAAGCUUUUAGCGAUGAUGAUUCCUCCAUAGAAACCAUGAGCCACUGCAGUAGCUUCAGUGAUGUUGCCAGCUUUGCUGAAGAUGGUACAGAGGUGGAUGAGUAUGCUGCUCAAGAAGACUUUGAAUACAAACUAAGAGGAUUAAUUGACCUAACAAUGGAUAAAAGUGCAAAGACAAGGCAAGCUGCCCUGGAAGGUCUGAAGACUGGGCUGUCUUCCAAGUUACUUUAUGAUUUUAUUAUGGAAAGAAGAAUGACCCUAACAGAUAGCAUUGAACGCUGCCUGAAAAAAGGAAAAAGUGAAGAGCAGCAGGUAGCAGCAGCCCUUGCUUGCCUCCUUUGUUGUCAGCUUGGGUCCGGAAUUGAAAGUGAGGAAGUGUUCCGAACCAUUGCUCCAGUUCUUAAAAGUAUUGUUUGUGAUAGGAGUGCAAGCACACAAGCACGGCAAGCUUGUGCUACAUAUCUUGGACUCUGUUGCUUCGUUGCUACAGAUGAUAUUGAGGAUUUAUAUACAACAAUGGAGUGCAUGGAGAAUCUGUUCACAAAGCAAUAUCAUUCAGAGAGUGGAGCCGAUAACUGUUCAGCACUUCACAUCCAGGCUCUCCAGUCAUGGGCCCUUUUGCUGACCAUCUGCCAUAAUAGUGAAGUUAAGAAGAAACUUGACAUACAUCUCCCUAAGCUUCCACGAUUGCUCUCUUGUGGUGAUGUGAAUAUGAGAAUUGCUGCUGGGGAGACUCUGGCCCUCUUGUUUGAGUUGGCUCGUGAAGCAGAUGCAGAUUUUUACUUUGAAGAUCUGGAACCCUUAACACAAACAUUAAAAUCUUUGGCUACCGACUGCAAUAAACACAGAGCAAAGAUAGACAGAAGAAAGCAGAGAUCCGUAUUUCGAGAUGUCCUGAAAGCUAUAGAGGAAGGGGACUUUCAGCCAGAAACGAUCAGAUUUGGAAGGGAACGCAUGCAUAUAGACAGCUGGGUUAAGCGGCUUACAUAUGGUACCUUUAAGGAACUCUUUGGAUCUGGGAUGCAGUAUCACCUUCUGACAAAUGUGUUUCUGAGAAGUAUAUUUGAACUUGGCCCACCAAUGCUGCUGGAUACUGCCACUAUAAAAGCAAUGAAAGUGUCCCGUGAGGAAAGGCACUUGAACAACUCUGCUGCAUUCAAAGCACGAACAAAGGCAAGAAGCAAACUGCGUGACAAGAGAGUUGAUGUUGGAGAGUUCCUCUAAAUUAGUCAGUGGAGUCCCCAACUGCUGCAGAAUUCUGAUUACUUGGAAGUUUAUUGGGUGACAAUAAAAUGUAUAUAAUGUUUUGGGUGCUUUCAGUUGCUCAUUAGUAGAAAAUGUAUAGUUGUGUAGGUUAUGUUUAUAUGGUAUCACAAGCAUAAUCAUUUUUAAUAUAUAACCUUUGAGUUGUGUAGUGACUUAUACUAUUAAGUUUCAUGCAAGCAAAUAUACUAGCACUACUAGUCUAACACAAGCAUUACUUAAGAUGCAGAAUUAGUGUGUUUUUUCUCUUCUAUGUAAUAAAAUUUGAUGUACGAAAAUGUUGACAUAUUUCUUGUUCUGUUGAUGUUCAUUGUCCGUCAAUGUGCCUGUGUACUCUUCAUUUUUCUCCUGUCAGUAGUGUUUAGUCACCACUUAAAUUAUGUAGAACAAUUUUAUUUUAUGCUUGAUUAUUAAAUUCUAAUAAAAUACUGCCCUGCCAGUAUUGUAUUCUAUUUGUAGAUGGCUUGAUGCAUGCUUAUUUAUAGAUUUUCUCUACAGGCUUUUUAGUCUUUAUAUUUACUAAUUGAAAAGUGUUUUAAAUGAAUGUUCUAACAUUUGAACUCGUGGGUAUUUGUGGUUUGUACAUUAAGUAAUGGGUUGGAAGCUAUUAUGUUUUUGUAUAUUUCACAAUGUACUGUUUAAUUCAAUGUUUUAACUAUACCUUUGUGUGAAAUGGCUGUUCCCGGACUAUCUUUUAUUUUGCACCUUUAACGUCUCGAGAAAUGCACAGAAUUUUGCAAAUCUACUUUACCUUACAGAAGUAUGCUUUUUUUUGCCUUUAAUGAAUGUUACUUACAAA